AGCGCGUCGGUAUAAAGCCCCGGGUCUCCUCUGUCGUUCACCCAGCAUCAGCUCUCCUUCCAAGUCGGACCCUUACGUCUCUCCAGCCAUGCACCUGAGCGCGUGCGAGUCGUGCCACUACCUGCUCGUGCUCUGCGUCCUCCUGAGGAGCUGCCGAGCCUUCCGGAACGAUGCCACGGAGCUCCUGUUCCCGCGCGUAACCGUGCCGGCGCCGCCGGAGGUGCAGAGCAACGUGACCCUGAACCGUGCCCGGAACGGCGGGCGGGGAGCAGCCGGCGGCGCGCACGACCGAGGAGAGCGAGGCCAGAUCGGCUGCAGGGAGCUGAGGUCCACCAAGUACAUCUCCGACGGCCACUGCACCAGCGUCAACCCCAUCAAGGAGCUGGUGUGCGCCGGCCAGUGCCUCCCGGCUCAGAUGCUCCAGAACUGGAUCGGCGGCGCGUACGGUCGGAAGCGGUGGAGCCGCGGCCAGGACUGGCGGUGCGUCAACGACAAGACCCGCACGCAGCGCAUCCAGCUGCAGUGCCAGGACGGCACCGCGAGGACCUACAAAAUCACCGUGGUCACCUCGUGCAAGUGCAAGAGGUUCUCGAGGCAGCACAACGAGUCGGGAGGGAAAUUCGGGGAGGCGGCCCUGUCGUCGCCGCCGCAGAUCCCGCAGAAGCACAAGUCCAAGAGCAGGAGGCUGCCGGGGAAGAACCGGCUGAGCGAGAACUGGCACGACAGCGAACCCUGAGACCCGGGGGCGAGGAGUCCACGCGCACCGCGCGGGAGUUUUGUCUCGGUGACGUGGAGACACGACGUCCAAGGGCAUGCGGAUUAUCUUCUCAGAGUGACUGGGGCGUGAUGUGGGUGAAGCUGGUCCCCCCCCCCCUCAGCUGUGAGGGAGAGCUGCGGAGGGAAUGCUGAGAAGAGAAUGUGAACUGAACCGGGGUCCAAAGCCCACUGGAGUCCAGAACCGAGACACAUCGUCCUCAUAUAUGUUCCCAUAUAAUCAUUUUGUAUACAGAUGGACGUCUCACCAACACCAGCAGACACCAAACAACAUUUGUGUAAAUACUUUGUACAUAUAUCAACAUUUCUCACUUGCCUUAUACGGUCAUGUGUGUAAAAUUUUACUAUGUAAGAUUUAUGAUGUUUGAUGUAAUAUAUUUUCCUUGGCAGCAUAUGAUAGGAUAUGUUGGUUGGUAAGAGGCGUCAGCAUGUUGGUGAAAUAUGGAAAAAGAUUUGUCAUCAAUCAGUCUUGUAAUAACUAUAUGAAAUAAAUAUAACCUUUUAUCACA